CUGAAGGAGGCAGAAGUGUGAAGUAAAAGAGUAAAAUGGCUCUCUACCAGCUUCUGUCUGGUCUGAUGGUGAUGAUCCUUCUCUCAUGCAAAGGUUGUCAAUCACAAUCGGCAACAUGUGGUAUGGUGACAAUAAACACCAGAAUUGUGGGAGGUCAAGAUGCACCUCCAGGAAGUUGGCCCUGGCAAGCCAGUUUAAACACUGCUUUUGGUCAAUUCUGCGGAGGAUCCCUAAUUUCCGACCUGUGGGUGCUGACAGCCGCUCACUGCAUAUCAGAGGACGACGGCGAGAUAACAGCUUUUCUGGGACGCCAAAGCCAGUCAGGUCCAAACCCAAAUGAAGUGUCUCGGACAGUCGUUCAGACUAUGUGCCAUCGUGGAUACGAUGAGAUUACCAAAGACAACGACAUAUGUCUUCUGAAGCUGUCUGCCCCUGUGAACUUUACCGACUACAUAUAUCCGGUCUGCUUAGCCUCAGAAGACAGCGAAUUCUACACCGGGGUCACCAGCUGGGUCACUGGUUGGGGUAGGACUGACAACGGUACUGCUGCCGACAUCCUGCAGGAGGUGGAUGUACCAAUAGUGGGAAACAAUCAAUGCAAAUGCGCCUAUCCAGAACUCACAGACAACAUGAUCUGCGCCGGGUUGCGUGCUGGAGGGAAGGACUCGUGUCAGGGAGACUCAGGAGGGCCCCUGGUUACCAAGAAUGGUCCAGUCUGGGUCCUGACUGGAGUUGUGAGUUUUGGUAACGGCUGCGGAUUGCCUAAAUAUCCUGGAGUUUACACCCGUGUGUCCCAGUACCAGGAAUGGAUCAGCAACAUCACUGGCAGCAGCAAACCCGGCUUUGUUACCUUCAACUCCUCAGGAGUUGACAGCGACGAAGACUUCAACUGUCCCACCCCUUCAAGCCUUCCAUGGACACCAUCAAGUCCAUGGCCAACUCCCAUGACCACCGAAGACGACGGCAGUAUCUUCGGCAGUGGUGAAAGCGUCAUCCACGUCUCCUACUUCACUCACUUCGCCUCACUCUGCGUUCUCGUUCUCUCGCGCUAAGUGCUGGUCGGUGACGCGUAAAUGUUGU